CAACCACUCUCUUUCAGCAAUCCUCAGAAAAAUCUACACAACCUCAAAACCAAAAUCCAGCGAACCCAUUUCAUCCCUCCAUCAAGAGAUGCAGAAUCGAUGGUUUUUAUGCCUCCUCCUCCAUACCCUCUUCACACAACCUUCCUCAAACCUAAUUGAAGCAGUUUCAAAGAUCUGUAGAGAUGAACACAUCAUCACUCAAUCCCCAUUAGAUUUCUCAAAUUCCAAACUCUACAAUGCCCACACAGCCCUCCAAGCCUGGAAAUCCUCGAUCACAUCAGACCCAUCCAAGAUUCUGGAUACAUGGGUGGGCCCCAAUGUCUGUGAUUACAAGGGAGUCUUCUGUUCUAAGCUCCCAGGCACGUUUACAGUGGCUGUAGCAGGCAUAGAUCUCAAAGAUGCCUCUCUUGAAGGUACUAUACCCAAAGAACUCUCACUCCUAUCAGACAUCUCCUUCUUUCAUCUCAACAGCAACAAGUUUAUAGGAACAGUCCCAGAUAGCUUCAAAGACCUCCAAUCCCUCUCAGAGCUAGAUCUCAGCAACAACAAUCUCUCAGGCCCAUUCCCAUCAGCCACACUCCUCAUACCAAACCUCAACUACUUAGACCUCAGAUUCAAUAACUUCGUGGGACCUAUCCCAGAGUUCCUCUUCACCAAGGGCCUUGAUGCAAUCUUCCUCAACGACAACAUGUUUGAUGACCAUAUCCCUGAUAGUAUAGGCUAUUCAACGGCUUCUGUCAUCACAUUGGCCAACAACAAGCUAACUGGGCGCAUCCCAUCUACCUUUGGCUACACAGUCAGCUCUGGGAUCCAUCAGAUUCUGCUCAUGAAUAACAAGCUGACAGGCAGGAUUCCUGAGGAGAUUGGGUUUCUUACACAGUUGGAGGUGUUUGAUGUGAGCCACAAUGCAUUGAGUGGCCAAUUGCCAGCUUCGAUCUCUUGCCUUUCAAGGAUUGAAGUUCUGAAUUUGGGUCAUAAUCGGCUAUGUGGGGUCAUCCCAGACCUCUUCUGUUCUUUGAAAUUCCUUACAAAUCUCACCGUUUCUUUCAAUUUCUUUUAUGAGAUUACUCAGGGAUGUAAGAAAUUGCCUUCCAAGAAUUUGGGGUUUGAUUUCUCAACGAAUUGCAUUUCUGGGAUUGGGGAGAGGCCUCAACAUGAGUGUACUAACAUUCUUGAUUCGGUCGACUGCUUGAGGCUUCCUACACCAAGAUCUCUGCCGUGUAAACGAAAUUGAUCCUGACCGCCCAUGCAUGAUCUCUCGCCCUCCAACUCUUCCUCCAUGAUAAAGCCAGUGUGUUGUACGUUGGAUAUGUUGGUGGGCCAUCCAACGA